UAGUUAAGAUGGUAUUGGUGAAAAUGUGCACGAAGACCAUAUUUUUGCUUUUCUCUAUUAUUUUGCUUUACGUCCACUCCCUGACCGAUGUGAAAGUCGGCGUUUUACUUAUGACAAGUGCGGAAGAACCUUUUGAUCUUCGUCGAGUAGGACCUGCUUUGGACAUCGCGUUCGAGCUUUCCGAAUCACGGUAUGGAAUACGUUUUACACCAAUCUAUCAUAAUUACACAGGAUUUUGCCCCAAAGAGACAGUAAUUGGACACCUUUCGGAACUUCACUAUGUUUACAAAGUAAAUGCAGUGAUAGGACCUGCCUGUUCGGCUACCCUCGUGGCAGCAGGGAGACUCGCUCAGUACCUAAAUAUCCCGAUUGUCAGUGGAGUUGGGGAUCUCAUAAUUCGAAAUGUUCUGGACAAAGACAUGUACACAACAUUCACGAGGACGUCUUACAAUUUAGGGAAAUUGUCAAAUUCUAUGGUGGAAAUUCUAAAAGAGUAUUCAUGGUCUCAUAUAGCUAUUCUAUAUGACCAGGAUUACGUGUUCUUUAAUCUAGCGGGAAGUCAAUUGGCAAUUGACCUUAAAGGCAUAGAAAGCUUACCUCGACCUGUGGAUAUUCCUUUUUCUGCCACAAAACUCAAAGACCCGGGGUCGUUACUUUUGGAAGCUAGUCAACAUGCUAGAUUCUUCGUUAUAUUCUGUUCCGCCGACCUCCUGAGACAUUUUCUGUACCGCGCCGACCAGUUAGAAAUGACCAAUGGUGGUUUCGUUUUCCUGGCAAUGGAAUUAUUUCCCUCCGAUUGGCUGGGACAUUACAUGCUGUUUUACAGAGGGGAUUACAUGGAUACUGCCGUCACAAAGGCCUAUCAGUCGCUCCUGCUUUUGACUAUCCAUCAGCCAGACAACGUGGAGUACCUUAAGUUUGCCGAGGACGUCAAACAAAGAAGCAGACGAGAUUAUGGCUAUGAAUUUGGACAUGACGAGGUAGUGAAUUACUUCAUCACUGCAUUUUAUGAUGGAGCUAUUUAUUUGGCGGAAAGUUACAACCGAACUAUUCAAGAUGGCAGUUCUAUUACUGAUGGUAUGGCGGUGGCACAGAAAAUGUGGAAUAAUACUUACGAAGGAAUCACAGGACCCGUGGCAAUAGACAUACUUGGAGACAGAAUAGCUGACUUUGACAUUUUUCAUAUGCAGGAUACAAAAACCAGAAAUUUCACGCUGAUAGGCAGAUUCCGUGGAGCAACCCAGCUAUACGCUAGAGUUCCUGGUGUAGAAAUCAACUGGCCUAACGGUCAUCCGCCGGAUGUGCCUCGAUGUGGAUUUCGUAAUGAUCAAUGUAUCAUUCAAGAGCCUCCCGAUGUUCUUCUUCCUGUGGCUUUGACCUUUGCAAUAUUUUUGGUCAUUUGUACUAUUGUUGGAUAUAUAGUGUACAGAAAAAUUCGUUUGGACGCAGAAUUAGAAAAAAAGGUAUUCCUUGUCAAACAUAACGAGCUUAAGUUAAAGAACGGGGACGGGAUCCAUGGUUCUUUCUUAUCCAAAUCGAGACUAUCGAUCUUAACUGAAAACUCAUCCAAAGGGAGUGAAACGGAAGUCCAACAGCUUUUUACCCUGGUGGGGAUCUGCAGAGGAAAUAUAGUGGCAAUACGAAAGCUGAAGUUAAAAUUUGUGGACCAAAGUAAAGAUGUAUUACGCGAGUUUAGAGAAUUAUAUCAUCUACAACACCCUAACAUAGCUAGGUUUAUUGGAGUGGUGAUAGAACCCAGCAAUAAUAGCAUACUGAUGGAGUACUGUCCCAGGGGGAGUCUGCAGGAUAUAAUAGAAAAUGACGAUAUAGACUUGGAUUGGUCAUUUCGAUACUCCAUUAUCUGGGAUAUUCUAAAGGGAUUGGAAUAUAUUCACUCUAGUUCCAUUCGUUACCAUGGACGCUUAAGCGGUACUAACUGCGUCAUUGACAGUAGAUUCAUGCUGAAACUGACAGAUUUUGGCUUGCCAUCUAUCUACGAUGUGGAGAGACGCCAACAACUUCGGGAUAAGAAUUCUUUUAAUAUGAAUAAAUUGUUGUGGACUGCCCCGGAGUUGCUGAGACAACUGUUCAGCUCAAACCAAACGAAAAAUAUUAGCUACCAAAAGGCAGAUAUCUACAGUUUUGGCAUUACACUUCAGGAAAUAGUGGUCCGUGGUGCUCCAUUUGAAGGCUGUGAACUAACCUCAUCAGAAAUUAUUGAGAAGGUGAGGGAAGCACCAGGUACUCAUGGACCUUUCCGCCCAUAUGUUUCCGAUGUUGAAUGCAGCUCCGAAUUAAGAAUGUUACUCCAGGAAUGUUGGUUAGAGAGUCCCAAUGAGAGACCUAAUUUAAGCGAAAUCUUCUAUUCUCUGAAGAAAAUGAAUGUAAAUCAGAAAGGUAAUAUUAUGGAUAACCUGAUGAGGAGAAUGGAACAGUAUGCGAAUAAUCUGGAGAGUAUUGUGACAGAAAGGACCAAAGCCUACAUUGAAGAAAAGCGGAGAGCCGAGGACCUUCUCUGUAGGCUGCUUCCGCCCUCGGUUGCAAAACAGCUAGAGUCUGGAAACUGUGUUGAUCCAGAAACGUUUGAGAUGGUGACGAUUUACUUCAGCGAUAUUGUAGGAUUCACAACACUGGCCUCACGAAGCACUCCAUUAGAGGUUGUAGCCAUGUUGAAUAAUUUGUAUACUUGCUUUGACAACAUAAUCCACCAUUUUGAUGUCUACAAGGUAGAAACAAUAGGAGAUGCAUAUAUGGUGGUCUCCGGACUUCCGGUGAGAAACGGACAAAAACACGUGAUGGAGAUCGCCAACAUGUCGCUGAGCAUCAUGAAAGCUGUUCAAGAGUUCAAAGUCAAACAUCUACCAGAUGAAAAGUUGAUGAUUCGGAUUGGCAUAAAUUCCGGUCCUGUUGUGGCUGGGGUGGUUGGUAUUGCCAUGCCGAGGUACUGCUUGUUCGGGGACACUGUGAAUACUGCCUCCAGAAUGGAAUCAACAUCCAUUGCUGGAAAAAUCCAAAUCUCGGAGUCUUCAAAAGAGAUUUUGGAUCAGUUCGGAAUGUAUGAUCUGAACUGUCGUGGAGAAAUUCCAAUAAAGGGUAAAGGGAUGAUGGUGACAUACUGGCUGGAAGGCGCCCAACUGGAGACGAGUAAGAGCUGACAGUCACUGAAGGGGGUGGGGCUGCCUCACACCCCCGAGGUCCGCCGGAAACGAGUAUCGUAUGUAACAUACGACACGAGAUGUUCCCCGAGGAUAUGAUGCCAAAAGAAUUUUUUGUUAUGAAUACAGAGGCAGAGGGAAGCUGCACAUUUUCUCUGUUUCUAAAAUAUCGAAAUGUCUUUAUAUCCCUGGUACUUCAUCCCUACUUUCAUUGAUAAUUAAUUGAAAACGUCUAUAGAUAAACCUCCAUUUGAAACGGACAAGUAUCAUGUAAACUUGUCUGAACAUGAUUUAUUUCUGUUGCAGUUAAUAAUUUGUCAUAUUCCUAGCAGGAAUUGUCAUUUUUAUAAUCCAGGGGUGCCUACUUUGCAACGAAAAAUGAAAAACGAGAUGUUAGAGUUCUUGGUCUUCGUAGAUGAUAAAAAUAUCCAAACUAUUUUUAUAUAACGUAGUUUAGAAAAUAUUUCUACUUCAACUCGACUUGAAGGUUACUUUUUUGUAUUAGAAUUAAGGAAGCAUGAUACAUAGCUUAUAUUACAUAAUUUACACGGAGACUUUUGCAUAUUUUCCUUAAUAUCAGCUAUAUUCAACCCAUUUUUCGAAAAUAAAUAUAUAUCAUUAACUUCGGAGAGAGUUGACAGGCGCGGAUCAUCAGAUCAAACGAGGAUAGAAUAUAUAUG